GUGACAGAAAGCGAACGCCAGGGCGCCGGGAGCCGGAACCGAGGUGCAGUCUUCGGAGCGAGCGCGGGGACGGGCCGGUUGGAAUCUCCUUUAGGAGAGAUCAGGUUUUGCAGAAAGCCCUAUUCCUCUGCUCAGAUGUCCAAGACUGUGUCUACUAUGGUCUCCAAGGACAUGCCUCCUGACAAGAACAGCCUGGGAUCAUCCACAGACAGCAGUUCUCCACGCACUGAAGAAAAAAAGGCAAAACAUGGGAAAAAAGGCAAAGUGUCUGUGGCCGCUCCCGACCGUUCAGCUAACCCUUUCCACAUGUCUGAGGAUGUGGAUUUCUUCUUGCUCAGAGAUCAGGAGCAGAGUAAGGCUCGCUCAGAGCGCGAGCAGAACAAGUUGCUGCGGGUGCACGAGAAGAUGACCUGCGCAUUCAAGGUGUCGGCCAGGCACAGCAGCCUGCGGCGCGAGCUGCAGCUGGAGGACGAGUCGGAGGACCAGGAGGUGCGCGCCGAGGCUGAGCGGCUGCGCGCCGUCCAAGACCACACGGCCUGGAAGCUCUCGGUGACCAGAGAAAUGAAGGGGGACCCUGAAAACAUAAACAACUACAUCCACCGGAAGCGCCAGGAAUUUCUCAUCCAGUACUCCCUGGACGUGAAGCGGAGAGAGAUGCAGCGGCUGGAGACGCUGGCGGCCGGGGAGGAGGCGGAGCUGCGGCGGGCCGAGAAGGCCCUGGAGAAGGCGGCCUCUCAGUUCGACCAGUUCCUCAGGGACAGUGACCGCAGUUCGGGGCAGGCCUUGAGCACCGCCGAGAAAGAGACCAAAGCUAAGAUGGAGAAGAUCACUGAGAUCAGGGAUCUGACCACCCAGAUAAUGAAUAUCAAAAGUGAAAUCUCCAAAUUUGAAGACACUCUGCACCAUUACAAGGCCUACAAGGAUUUCCUGUACAAGCUGUCGCCCAAGGAGUGGUUGGAAGAACAGGAGAGAAAGCACUCGGCUCUCAAGAAGGCCAAGGAGGUCACCGAGGCCCCCAAAGAGAGCACUGUGUUCCCCACACUUGGGGACAAAGAUGGUCAGGGCCCAAAGAGGCUCUCAAAGUUUCUGCAGAUGGUGCAGCUGGGGCAGGCCCAGUGCAGCUACAUCAGCCCCCAGCAGGCCAGCCAGCCCAGCACUGCUAGCGGGCUGGAUUCCAAAGGGUCAGACUCCACCUUGAAUGAGGACACAGACAGCAAUGGGGAGGAGCUGGAGCUAUACUUCACGGAGCCCCAGCAGCUCCUGGACAUCUUCACAGAGCUAGAGGAGAAGAACCUCUCACUGAUCCAGAACACACAGGAGACGGAGGAGACGCUGGAGGAGCUGAACUUCACCUUGAGAAACACCCAGACCCGCAUGGACAAGGAGGUCAACGAGCUGAAGCACUGGAUCGCCGUGCUGCUGCAGUCCAUCACCAAGGAGGAGGAGACGGCCGCCGAGCUGGAGCUGAAAGCCCGGGUGUUCCAUUUUGGCAAGUACAAGGGUGCUCAUGAGGACAAGCUGCUGGAGAGCCUGCACCGCAAGGUGCUGGACGUGUACCGCCACUGCAUCAGCAAUCAGCAGGAGUCCAGCCUGGACACCGUGCAGAUGCUGACUGUCAUCGAGCAGCAGCUGGACGAGCUGCUCGAGGACCUGGAGCACAUUCCCCAGAACAAGGUGGAGCAGGCCGAGAGGGCCAAGGAGAAGGAGCGGCGCACGAGGCUGCGGGAGGAGAAGGUCCUGCUGCAGAAGCAGCUGCAGGAGGAGCGUCUGCAGCGGGCCCGAGCCCGGGCCCAGGCCGAGAUCAGGAAGAAGAGAGGCAGGAGACUGGUGGGCCGCUCCCAGCCCCCCGCUGUGAAACCCAAGGAGCAGCCUGAGUGCAGGCUGCUGGACAAGGACAAGGACAAGGAGGAGCAGCUGUUCUUCUUCACCUAGCAGGCUGCUGGGCGGCAGCCAGAGGCAGACCCAGGGAGGGGUGGGCUGGCUGCCUGUGUGCCCACGGGGUCGCCUGCUGUACAUUUCCUCACUCAUGGGAAAUAAACUCAAUGCCCAUUUGCUGUCUUGAAGCCUGU